GGCGCACUCCACCUGGAAGAGAUCGAUUCGGUGUUUUAGUAUAAAAGCCACUGCCGGGUUUAGAUUUAAAGCAUAAGCAGUUCAAGUGUUCGAACAACCUCAAUCUCACCCAUCUCAAAACAACCACUCUUCUAAGAUGAAGUGCGUCAUUGCCGCUGUUGUCAUUGCCCUCGCCGUUGCUGCGGAAGCCAGCUGGGGACCAUGGGGAACCGUCGUGCAGUCUAAUGUUCCAGCGUGGCCAGCAGCUCAUUGGGCUGGUGCUUACGGAGCGUGGCCAGCUGCCGCUCACUGGGGAGGAGCCCACUGGGGUGGUGCCUGGCCAGCCGCUGCUCAUUGGGGAGUUCCAGCUGCCUCGGUUGCUCACCAUGCCGGAGUUGUUCCCGGAGCUGUUUCCGUGAAUGCCAACCGUGGAUCUGUUCAUGUCGCUCCACUUGCAGGUCACGCCAUCUCUCAGAAGCAGCUUAACCUCGCUCCAGCUCCAGGAACCAUCUAAGAUACCAAAAAAGAAACGGAUUGAACCCACCCCUUAUGUCAUAACAGGAAACAACAGGAUGCUCAACUGACCCAAACGAAAAAAAUACGAUAAACUACUGCCAUGCUUGUAAUACCGAUACCGAAGUUCUGUGUUGUACGUUUUACUCAUCUUCAUUAGAGGAUAUAUUUACCGUUGUAAAUAAAUAUGAACUCUCAAAAAUUUAA